GCUGGCGAGUAGUGGCAACCGAGCACACCGAGCACACCAUUUAACCUGUUGGAUCUGGGAGGGUGCACCAUAGCUUGCCUCCCCAGCCAGCACCCGCCUCCCUUCUCGUCCAGCACCCUCGAAAGGUACAAGCCACACACCCUCCCGAUGAAGCCCACCCAGUGCAGCAACCUCGCCAUGUCUCCCGGCCUCGUGGUUCUCCUGACGCUGGUUCUUGUCUCGGCUGCGCCCUCGCCCUCACAAGGGAAACGUUUCGACUGCAGGAUGUUCUGUCGGUCCACGGCUUUCCGAGGCUCAGUGGGCGGCUGUCGGUGCUCCUUCACGCUCUUCACCGCCAAGCGUUCAAUCAGGGACCCAGAGGACGCCAUGCUAGAGGCUGCCGCGAAUGACGGACGCUAUUUCACCCUCGCUGAUCUCGUGAGGAUGACACAAAACGCACCUUCCACCUAUACUGACGGACAAUUCGCCUAUGCCAGCGACGACGAGUACAACCCCGAGAGUCACGAGCUGCCCAGGAACCACCCCGUGCGCCUCAUGGACAGGACGAAGAACACUAGCGCCGAGGAAUCCACCGGCAGGGUUGGAAGGUCCCUCUCAGAUUCCUUCUUAAAGCGACGGGAGUUUGAACAGGAUUUGGACAACGGCGACACCAGCGACUUCCUGCGGCGGCCAUAUUAAGCUACCGAUUCUUGUCCUUUUUCAUUUUCUCCUUCCCUCCACCUUUGUUUUCGCUACUUUUCUCUCCCCCCCCUCAAACGCGACACUAGUUUUUGUUGCGGCGCUGCAGUCACGCGGACGGACGCGAAUCAUCCUUCCCUCCUACCUUCCUCAGGGUCUGAAAAAUGAUUUCUUAUGUGGCACGUCUCCUUCCCGUCGCCUGGAUUCAGGUCAACAUGAUUACUGUAUAAGAAAUCGUUGUUCUUCUGUUUCCCUAAUGUGGAGAAAAAAGGCAACUGUGUUUCUAAAUUAAUUUUUCUUUCUGUUGAACUAUUCUAUCUGUUUGUCUGUCCUAUUUUGUCUGUGGCGUUCUCUCCUCAGGUUCUUGACCCUAUCUCUCUCUCUCUCUCUCUCUCUCUCUCUCUCUCUCUCUCUCUCUCUCUCUCUCUCUCUCUCUCUCUCUCUCUCUCUCUCUCUCUAGUCGCUCACUCGAUAAA